AUGGUGAAGCCAAGAUGUAACUUACCUGAUUUGGUCAAUGGAACUCUCAUCAAGCGUGGGGUGAAGUUAGUUCGGAACCCCUUUAACCGUUCAUACUUCACGUAUGUUGGAUCAAAGUGGGAGAAGUUCAACCUAACGUGGGCUCUACGUUCCGGAUCACCACCAGAAGCCAAUUUGCCCAUUUCUUUUGCACUUAAGACUUGGGCCGAUAGCUCUGUGUUUCGUUUUAGUAAAGCUUCUUUAUUUGAGGCUGCGGAUGUGAAAAUAAGUUUUUAUAGUGGAAUCCACUAUGAUAAUAUCCCCUUCGAAGAGGACGAUCUAGCUCACUCAUUUUAUCCGCCUCGGGGGGAGCUCCAUUUCAACGCAGACGUUACUUGGGUGGUGGACUUUCGAGGGUCACAUUGUGAUACAGCCGACAUCGAAACAAUUGCUUUUCAUGAGCUAGGAGUCUAG